AUGCCAACUACUACUUCUUCGUCUACUUCAGGUAGUCCUAACUCUCACUUUCAUUCACCUCUUUCUCAUACAUCAUCUGCACUAGAUAAUUCUGUUGCAUCAUGGCGUUCAGCUAUUGCCACUGAAUGGAAUGUUCGUCGUGCAGCUGACAAAGAAAAAGAAUGCGUUUUGUUUCCACUAGCUAUGAAUCCUUUUGGAGAAGAUGAAAUUAUUGCAAUGACAGAAGUAUUGCUUUCCGGUCGUUUAACGCUAGGUUCACAAGUCGAAAAAGCUGAAAAGAAAUUUGCUGAAGUUGUUGGUAUUCCAUAUGUCGUCAUGGUUAAUUCUGGUAGUUCCGCAAAUUUACUUGCUGUUUCGGCUAUAACAAAUAAAUUACGUCCAAUUCAUUGUGAUCCUGGUGAUGAGGUGCUUGUUCCUGCAGUCUGUUGGUCUACAAGUGUUUUUCCAUUGCUUCAAAAUGGACUUCGUCCAAUUUUUGUUGAUGUUGAUCCACGUACAUUUAAUGUUACUCUUGCCGAGCUUGAACGUAAGCUUACACCACGUGUCAAAGCAGUCAUGGCAGUACAUGUACUUGGUAAUUCUAUCGAUAUGCGACAGAUGAUGACCUUCGUUACACGUCAUAAAUUGAUGCUAAUAGAAGAUACUUGUGAGUCAUUAGGAAGUUUCUGUGAGACGAACACAGGAAAUGAACGUCAAAUGUUAGGUACAUUUGGUGAUUUUGGCAGUUUCUCAUUUUAUUUCUCACAUCAUAUUACAAGUGGUGAAGGAGGAAUGAUAACAUGUAAAACGGAAGAAGAUUAUAAUCUUUUACGAUGUUUACGUGCUCAUGGUUGGACCAGGCACCUCACAAACCGACAAAUAGUUGAAGAAUUAUAUCCAGAUAUUGAUUCUCGCUUUUUAUUUGUGAAUAUUGGUUAUAAUCUUCGACCAUUGGAAGUUCAAGGCGCAAUGUUAAGUGUUCAAAUAGAUAAACUUUCUCAAUUUAAUGCAUGUCGACGGGAUAAUCUAAAACGUAUCCGAGAAAUUAUAUCACGUAAUGAACGAUUUCAUCGUUUAAUGUCUUUAAUGGAAGCUUCGCCAGGUGUUGAUCCAGCAUGGUUUGGUGUUGGAGUACUACUUCAUCGACCAUAUGCACAUCAACGUCUCGAGUUCUUGAAGUAUCUCGAAGAGAAUGGGAUUGAAAAUCGUCCUAUUAUAAGUGGAAAUUUUAUUCGUCAGCCAUGUAUUGCAGCAUUUUGUGAACGAGAACAUCCUGAAAACUAUCCCGGUGCAGAAGUUAUUCAUAAACGUGGCUUCUUUAUUGGUAUUCAUCAAAUAGCACUUGAUCAAACUGUAAUAGAGAAACUUGUUGAGAUUAUGUUAGCAUUUCCAUUUCAACCUCAACAUGUAAUACUUGUCACAGGAAGUCAUCGAAUGCUUGGUAAAUAUAUUCAAAAUAUCGUCCUAAAACAAACAUUGGAAGAAGAAACAGUAUCAUCAGAUUUAAGUUUAACAGAAAACAAAAUUAAAACAAAGAAUUCCGAAUGGAUCUUUUUAACUCAAGACGAUGGAGAUCUUCGGCAAAUUGAAGAUGUGACAAAUAUUUUUAAGCGAUUCCAACCAACUCGUAUAUUACAUUGUGCAGCAUAUAUCGCUUCCAAUGAAGAUAUGUGUAAUAAACCAGUAGACUUUUGGUUAGAUAAUGUCAAACUUAACAAUAAUAUCUUACAAAUAGCAUUUGAGUUUCAACUUUGGAGUGGCCCGAUCAAAGUUAUAUCAAUCCUAUCGACAAACAUAUUUCUAGAAAAUACACAGCAUCUGAAAGCAGAAUCAUAUAUAUUUGCUCAGAAAUCUCUUCAGCAACUUAUUCGAUGGUAUCGACAACAACAUAACUGUAGUUUUAUAUCCAUAUUAUCUGAUAAUGUUUUUGGUGUUUAUGAAGAUAUAAAUAAUGAUACAGAUCAAUUCGUAAAUACACUAAUCAUGAAAAUAAUCAAUCAACAAGAAAACGAUCCUUCAACCUCUGUUGUCCUUACAAAUACAUGUACAACAGAAUGUGAAAUUCUAUUCGCACAUGAUUAUGCUAAAAUUAUUAUUUGGGCAAUGGAAAAUUAUGACGAAGAUGAAACAUUACUUGUUUCUGGUCAAACAAUUUCAAUCUUAGAACUCGUGCAACUUAUAUGUCAACAUGCGAAUUUUGUUGGUGGUUUCACUUUCGAUAAUAAUGCUGAAUAUAACAGACUAUUAUAUGAUACGAAUAGUAUUGCACGACUCAAUCCACCUAUUCAAAUGACUUCACUGUCAACAGGUAUUCAGCAUACAGUCGAGUGGUAUCGAAAUAAAAAAUGUAAAGAAUCGAUUAUUUAA